AUGGGUCCCAAGAAAGAGAAAAGCAGCCUCAAGAGAAGCAGGCACAGCACCGGCGACGACCAUGAUAUAAAGAAGGUACGACGGUCGGAGAGGCUGUCUUCUCAGUCACAAAAGGACCCUGUUCAACCACACCAGACACCUCUGAAGGCGCACUACCUCCCAUCCCCUCUGACCGCUCAAGAAUCCACCGCCACCGAGCCGUUCAAAGAGCGGACUGCAAGUCCACCAGAAGGUCGUCCAAGUCAGCUUCGUCAUGUUACCCCCCCUUCUCCACCCCAGCUCUACGCGCUCUCGUCGCCUCCGCAGGACACCCAGCCACUGUCACAAUUUAUCUACCCACCGCGAGACCUCGAAGGUGAUUUGAACGAUGACGACGGAACAUGGGGCUACCUGUUUCCCUCGGCCGAGGUGGGCCAUCGCCUGACCCUGAAGAGAAGAGCAUUCUGUCCUGCCCCCGCCAGGCCCCUCGAAAUCGGUCGACAAACGGUGAAGAGCAGGAAGCGUGGUAAAAAGGAGCUUUCCGAGCACGAGACGCAGUACGAAGCCCAGAAGAUGAACCAGGGUUUCCCCGCCGGAGGGUACCUCAUAGGAAGACACCCCGAAUGCGACAUGGUCCUCGACAUCCCGACCAUUUCCAACCGGCACUGUCUGCUCUUCAACGAGACCCGGAACGGCGAUGUCGUCGCCGUGCUGGAGGAUCUGUCCAUCAACGGCACAUUCGUCCAAGAACAACUCGUCGGCCGGAACAAACGGAGGGAGCUGGAAGACGGCGACGAGAUCGCCAUUCUGGACGAAGCGCGGUUCGUGUUCCGCUACCCACGUAGCCGAGACUCAAGCGCGUUCAACGCGCGUUACCGCAUCCUCCAGCAACUGGGCAAGGGCCACUUCGCCACGGUGUACCUGUGCGUCGAGCGGUCGAGCGGGUUCAAGUACGCGGUCAAGAAGUUCGAGCGCCGCAUAGGCGACUCGCAGCGCUCGCAGACUGAAGGCCUCCAGCAGGAGAUCGCCGUCCUCAUGAGCGUCAGCCACCCGAACGUGCUGUGCCUCAAGGAGACCUUCGACGAGCCGGACGGCGUCUUCCUCGUCCUAGAGCUUGCCGCCGAGGGCGAGCUGUUCAACUGGAUCGUCACGAAGCAAAAGCUGUCCGAGGCCGAGACGAGAAAGGUCUUUAUUCAGCUGUUCCAGGGCACGAAGUACCUCCACGAGCGGAACAUCGUGCAUCGCGAUAUCAAGCCCGAAAACAUCCUGCUGACGGACAAGAAUUUGUCGAUCAAAUUGGCCGACUUUGGCCUGGCUAAGAUCAUUGGGGAAGAGUCUUUUACCACCACUCUGUGUGGGACACCGAGUUACGUUGCGCCCGAGAUCUUAGAAAACACCCGCCAUCGAAAAUAUACCAAGGCCGUGGAUGUCUGGUCCCUCGGAGUCGUCCUCUACAUCUGUCUGUGCGGGUUCCCACCCUUCUCGGACGAGCUCUACUCGCGAGAAAACCCGUACACACUCGCGCAGCAGAUCAAAAUGGGCCGCUUUGACUAUCCUUCGCCCUACUGGGACCCGGUCGGCGACCCGGCCCUGGAUCUGAUUGACCGCAUGUUGACCGUCGACGUCACCAAGCGCAUCACCAUUGACGAAUGCCUCGAGCACCCCUGGACCAGAGACAUCAACUACAUCAACCCGGCCGAUUCCACCGAUGGCCUCACCGGUGCGAUGCAUGCGCUGGAUUUCUCUAAGCGGAAGGUCCAGCGCGAACGCACGCUGCUCGCCAACAUCAAUGAUGUCAAGAUAAGCAAGGUCGUGGACAUCUCAGCGGAACACAUACCACAUGGUGGGGAACAUCGACCUGCUGCAUCGCCCGCGCAUGUCAAGAUUUGGGACAAGAACCCGGGAGGCAAGACCCACAUGGCCGCGCCCAAGGGACGGAAAACAGCGCCUGACAAAAAUGGAGAGAAGGAGGAACACCCGGCUGCGAACAGGCAGCAGGAGGAGUUCAUGGGCAUGGGUGGAAAAGGUGAUAUGCAGCUCUUCGGAGACGACAUCUCUUCCAGAUAUCUGCCGGAGGAAGUCCCGAAGACGGCGGGGAAGAAGAAGUGA